AUGCCCGCAGCUGUGGUCGAGGAUGUCGGCGGCGCCUUUCUUGUUUCUCUUUUCAUAGCCGCUAUUCUUUACGGUGUAACAUGUUGCCAGACGUUCCUUUAUUAUCAAAAUUAUCCCAGUGAUAGGGCAAUGCUGAAGACUCUGGUCGCGGUCGUAUGGUACGGACCGACGGUAACAUUAAGCGGGUUCUGGUUGUUUACCAGGACUCUUAGCGUUAUAGAGACUUUGCACACUGCAUUCUGUAUCGACUUCAUCUACGCUUACCUCAUAACCAACUUUGGUGACGCGAGUACGUUGGAUCGCAUUUACUGGAGCGUCGGGGUCACAGUCAUCCUGGGAGUAUUAGUUUCCGGGGUUGCGCAUGCAUUCUAUAUUCGACGGGUCUGGAUCAUGAGCAAGCACAACAUCCCCUUGACACUCCUUCUGAUCGGCUUAGCUCUCCUGAGGUUCUCGUUCGGAAUGACCACUUCUUCCUUACUGUACACAAUCCCGAUAUGGAAUAAAUUCCACACGGAGAAAUUACCGUUGACGACGUUGGCUGGAGGCCUGUCCAGCGCCGCCGCUGUCGAUCUCAUUGUGGCUACUUCCUUGAUUAUAUUCUUGGACCACGGUCGGACGGGUGUCGAGCGGUCCGACAGUCGCAUCAAUUUGCUUAUGGUGUAUACAAUCAACACCGGUCUAAUCACAUCUAUCGUGUCGGUGGCAAUCCUGAUAACCUAUGCAGCUUUCCGAUCCAAGCUCGUAUUUAUGGGCCUGGUAGAGAUUCAGAGUAAACUCUACGCCAACUCACUCCUUGCAAGUCUGAACGCUAGGUCGCACAUCAUGAAGCACGGGAAGGUGACUGAUUUCACCACAGGCCUCGAGACAGGACCGGCCAUACAUGACUUGCAAAAUUGGAGAGCCCCUCCAGGAGCUGCUACUCAGAUAUCGGUGUUUCAGGAGACGGUGCAGACCGUGGACGAGCUGCCAAUAGACCAUAUGGACAAAAAGCGCAGGAGGUCUCUGAUGAAUGAUCCAUAAGCUGGGUCUGAAGAACUGAAGCACUUAUUGCAUUUUUCGACACGGUGAUGCAGGCCCUAGGAGAUGC